AAAUUUGUUGUUUGUUUUGGGCAGGGACUUGCUUCACUAUCAAUAACAUCCUACAUAUUUCUGGUUAGACCAAAGGGAUGUGGAGAUGAACAUACGCCAUGCAAUGCUCAUUCCUCCUUCCAUAUAGCCCUGUUCUACCUCUCUGUUUACUUGGUAGCCCUUGGCAAUGGCGGUUACCAGCCCAACAUAGCUACCUUUGGAGCGGACCAGUUCGAUGAAGAAGACGCCAAGGAAGGGAUCUCCAAAAUCGCCUUCUUCAGCUACUUCUACUUGGCUCUCAACCUUGGAUCCCUCUUCUCCAACACUAUUUUGGGUUACUUUGAAGAUGAAGGAAUGUGGGUGCUUGGAUUUUGGGCUUCUACAGCCUCUGCUGCUAUGGCUUUGAUCUUGUUUCUCUGCGGAAUCCCUAGGUACAGACAUUUCACUCCUAAAGGAAAUCCGCUUUCUAGGGUUUCGCAAGUGGUGGUUGCGGCUAUUAGAAAAUGGAAGGUUCAGAUUAUGAAUGAUUCUGAGGGAUUGUUUGAUGAUGAUGAGAAGGAAUUAGUCGGUAAUGGAGCUAGGAAGAUUCUUCAUACCAAUGGAUUUAAAUUUUUGGACAAAGCAGCGGUGGUUACCUCGGCGGAGAUGGACCGAUUUGACGGUGGAGAUCGGAAUCCAUGGCGUCUGUGUACGGUUACUCAAGUCGAAGAAGUGAAAUGCAUCAUCAGACUCCUUCCGAUUUGGCUUUGCACGAUUCUCUACUCCGUCGUCUUCACUCAAAUGGCUUCUCUGUUCGUCGAGCAAGGCGCCGCUAUGAGAACGAACAUUUCCUCAUUCCAUAUCCCUCCCGCAAGCAUGUCGAGUUUCGAUAUUCUCAGUGUUGCAGCGUUCAUCUUCAUCUACCGCAGGAUAAUCGAUCCAACCUUCGUUCGAUUAACCAAAACGAGCCUUACAGAGCUUCAAAGAAUGGGGAUCGGCCUUGUAAUCGCAGUCUGCGCCAUGCUAUUCGCCGGAACCGUCGAGAUUUUUCGACUAAAAUACGCGAACAAAGAUUGCCGCCAUUGCGACGAUUCGAGUUCCCUAAGUAUUUUCUGGCAGAUUCCGCAGUAUGUACUGAUUGGAGCAUCGGAGGUUUUCAUGUAUGUCGGCCAACUCGAGUUCUUCAACAGUCAGGCACCUGACGGACUCAAAAGCUUCGGUAGCGCUCUCUGUAUGACCUCGAUUUCCUUCGGCAACUACGUUAGCAGCUUGCUGGUGACGAUCGUGAUGAAGAUCUCGACAACCGAUAACAUGCCGGGAUGGAUCCCCGGAAACCUAAACAGAGGCCAUUUGGACCGAUUUUUCUUCCUCUUGGCCGCUCUCACGGCGGCGGAUCUCGCCGUCUACAUCCUCUGCGCCAAAUGGUACAAAUACAUCAAAUUCGAGAGCCGUGACGCCGCCGCCGCCUCUGCCGUCUAGAGUUUUGCUCCAAUCGACAAUGGCGGCAAAAUGCAGUUGGAGGUGGAAGAAGGUGAAAUGUCCAUUAUACCCCCGUCUGAUCCAUGAUCAAAUUAUUUGAUCGGAAGAAAAUAAAUAAAUAAAUGAAAUAAAUUGGGGUAGUUUGAUCGAGAUCGUUGAAGUUGGACCGGACAAUCGCAGCCGUAGAUAUGAAGGAAAAAAAAAACCCAUUCCGGUCGAAGGGAUGAUCGGCCGGUCGUUGCUAUGAGACUGGAGAGAUGAUUCCGAUUACUUCUCCGGUUGAGCGGUGUUGUGAGAUAUUUUACUGGACAAGGUGGGUGUAUUGAGCAAAAACUUUUAUUUAUUUCCUUUUUUAUUUAAUUAAAUGCGGAAAAAAUAAGCAAUACAAAUUAUUAUUUUUCA